CGGAAGCCGGGAGGGAACCAGGGCGGAAGGGGACUAGGGCCAGGCUUGUGUUCGGUUCCUUGGCGGGGCUGGGGUUCCGAUGUGGUCCCCGGAACGGGAGGCCGAGGCCCCGGCUGGGGGAGACCCGGCGGGCCUACUGCCCCCCGAGUGGGAGGAGGAUGAGGAGCGCAUGUCCUUCCUGUUCUCCGCCUUCAAGAGGAGUCGCGAGGUGAACAGCACCGACUGGGACAGCAAGAUGGGCUUCUGGGCGCCGUUGGUGCUGAGCCACAGCCGCCGCCAGGGGGUGGUGCGCCUGCGUCUGCGGGACUUGCAGGAGGCCUUUCAACGCAAGGGCAGCGUCCCGUUGGGGCUGGCCACCGUGCUGCAGGACCUGCUGCGUCGAGGGGAGCUGCAGCGGGAGUCUGACUUCAUGGCCAGUGUAGACAGCAGCUGGAUCUCCUGGGGGGUCGGAGUCUUCCUGCUGAAGCCCCUCAAGUGGACUCUUUCCAACAUGCUAGGGGAUCAUAAGGUUCCUGCUGAGGAGGUGCUCGUGGCUGUGGAGCUUCUUAAGGAGAAGGCUGAGGAGGUGUACCGUCUGUAUCAGAGCUCCCCGCUCUCCUCGCACCCCGUGGUGGCCCUGUCGGAGCUCAGCACCCUGGGUGCUGGCUCCUGUCCAGAUGAGAGGACCUUCUACUUGGUGUUGCUGCAGCUGCAGAAGGAGAAGCGGGUCACGGUCCUGGAGCAGAAUGGGGAGAAGAUCGUGAAGUUUGCCCGAGGCCCCCACGCCAAGGUCUCGCCUGUCAAUGACGUGGAUGUGGGGGUCUACCAGCUGAUGCAGAGUGAACAGCUGCUGUCCCGCAAGGUGGAGUCCUUGUCCCAGGAAGCCGAGAGGUAUAAAGAAGAAGCCCGCCGGGCAUGCCGAGCAGGGAAGAAGCAGCUGGCCCUGAGGUCUCUCAAGGCCAAGCAGCGGACAGAGAAGCGCAUCGAGGCCCUGCAUGCCAAGCUGGACACAGUUCAAGGCAUCCUGGACCGGAUCUAUGCCUCGCAGACAGAUCAGAUGGUUUUCAAUGCCUAUCAGGCCGGGGUGGGAGCACUGAAACUCUCCAUGAAGGAUGUCACAGUGGAGAAGGCGGAGAGCCUUGUGGAUCAGAUCCAGGAGCUCUGUGACACCCAGGAUGAAGUUUCCCAGACACUGGCUGGCGGGGUAACCAAUGGCCUAGACUUUGACAGUGAGGAACUGGAGAAGGAGUUGGACAUCCUGCUUCAGGACACCACCAAAGAACCUUCGAAUCUGCCUGACAACCCCCAGGAGACGUUUUAUAUCAACAGUGUGCCUAACACUAGGAUCUCAGAUGCCGAACUUGAAGCUGAACUUGAGAAAUUGUCCUUAUCGGAGGGAGAUUUGGUCCCAAGCAGGAAAUCUCCAAAAAGACAAUUGGAACCGACUCUCUAAAGCCAUUGUAGGACCCUCAAGUGAAGAACCCUCACGUCAGAGAGAGACCAGGCUUGCGUGUAUGUGUGUGUGUGUACAUAGUUAUUUAAACGAGAAACUCGGAAUGUGUUGGGAAGAGGAGGAAGGACAACCGCUGCUGCAUCUGGAUGCCACCACUUACCAUGGGACAGAUAGAGUUUCUGGAAGCGUGCACCCAAGGUGUGCUGCCAGCCGGGGUCACGGCCCUGCCUUCUCAGCUUUCUAGUGCCACAGUUUAUACGGUUCUGUGUGUGCCCUGUCGUCUCUCAUAGCCUGCAGUCCUGCCACGGGCUCAGUUAGGUUUGUCUUCCCCCACCAGCUUCUUUCUGGCCAGUGAAGGCGAAAGAUUUUGUGCAGCUUUGCCAAAUCAGAGUCUGUCCUCAUGGCCCCUCCCCACCCCCCACCGUGUUUAGAGGAGUUUAUUCUGUCUGUUGGUCCGUUACACAGCUCUCAGCCCCUCUCUGUUCCCUCUGGUAAUGAGAAGGAGGAGAAUCAAACAGCUGCCACUUAAAGGAGAAAUGCACAGUGUAAAACAAGGGGGGAAACACCAAUUCCUUCCCAUUACUCCUGUGGAGAAGCCUGGGAGAGAGGGGAGUGGGGAAGAGCCCUGCCCGCACUGGGGCUCCCUGGGGUCCGUUGUCAGAUUCUCCAGGUGUUCAGAAAGAGAGGUCACCCCCAAGUGGCUCAGAGUCAUGACAGUUGGAGGGGGGUAUCCUGGGGUUGAUGGACACAGCUGCCUCUUCCAUCUUAUGCAAAAGAACAUCUGCUGACUGGAGAAAGGGUUACUCUGGGUCUUUUGAACUUGAGAGAAGCCCAGGUGACUAUAGGGCCCCAGGAAUCCAAACCCCAUCUGCUUUCUUAAAAAGGUAUCUUUGCCUUGCCCCCAUGGUGAAUAACUUAAAUAUAACUUUAACACAAAUCAGAAGAAUCCACACAACAACUCACCUCCCCUUUGUGAGCCUGGCAGAGAAACACAGUUUCUUUGUUUGAAUUUCAGAAGCAUCUUAUGUUGUGGCCCAAUGCUCAGGGCAGGGCAUCUGAGCCAGGAUGUGCAAUAGAAGCAGAAGACGGUGGCCUUGGCCACGUCAGCUCUGUGCUUCCCCAGUCCUGCUCUGCACCCAGCCCCGCCUCCUGGAGGCCCAUCUUCCUACUUCCUUUGACAAAUAGGGGAGGAUGGUGGGGGGACAGGCAGGAGAGGGUCUGCAUGUGCUGGCAGCAGGGAGAAGACAGAACACCAGCCACACCGCUGCCCUGCACGCGGUCCCAGACUCCUGCCUGGCCCCUGGCCCUGCCCCUCCCGCUGGGGGUGGCGGAGAGCGAGGGGAGGCAUCUGCUCCAGGCCAGGAGCACGAUCACUGUUCCACAAAUUUCUCUCCCACUCGGCCUUGGGAAACUGAUAUGUUGGGGGUAAAAAGAAACAAUCACUAUUUUUUCUUUUUUUAUCUGGUAAAUAAUUAAAAGAAAAAGCCCAA